AUGCCACGAAUAUCCACCACCACUAUUCUUCAAGCAUAUCAGCAAAGUCCUCUCUUGCCAUUACUCUUGCAAGAGUGUCGCACGCUUGAAUCCGCAAGGAAUGAGCUCCGCUGGCUACGUGAGCAUGCCAUCUCUCUCAGCACGUCAAGGCUCAACGGCCGAAAUGCGUCCGCAAAUUCUGUCUCAUCAAAACGGACAAACCUAUUGAGGACAAUGUGCAAAAAGCGUGCCAGGGGGAUACCCCUUCAGUAUAUUCUUGGAAAUCAGCCAUUUGGGGAUUUGGAAAUACUGUGUAGGCCCGGUGUGUUAAUUCCAAGGCCAGAGACAGAACUCUUCACAUUUCGGACCGCUAAGUUGAUACUCGAAAUCGCUGCACAACGUAGCUUGGAUGUGCAGUCAAAAUCUUUACGCAUCCUGGAUCUCUGUACAGGCACAGGCUGUAUAUCACUCCUUCUUCAUGCUCUGCUUUCCCCAUAUUUCCCACGACUAUCCAUCCUUGGCAUUGAUCUCAGCAUUGAAGCCAUAGAACUGGCGGAGAGAAAUAUUAGCCAUAACGUGCGUCGUGGCUUACUUUCAACCCGAUCCAUUUCCGAUGUGCAGUUCCGACAGGGUGAUGUCCUCAAUCAGCAAAAAGUUAAUAGUGUUACCAGUGUGGAGGAAAUCCUCCGUGAAAACUUCUCAUCUGCUGAAGGAUAUGAAUGCGACCUUCUCGUCUCAAAUCCCCCGUACAUAUCUCCCACAGCAUUUCGAGGUGGUACUACAGCACGCAGCGUCAGGACCUUCGAGCCAAAAGUUGCACUGGUGCCUCCAACACUGGUACAUAGUGCAGCAACUGAAGUCUGCUUACAGGAAGAUUUAUUCUAUUAUUAUAUUUUCCCAUUGGCACUUAAACUAUGUGCAAAGUUAACAGUUCUUGAAUGUGGUGAUUAUUUGCAGGCUGAACGUGUGGCCACACUGUGCAGAUCUAUUGCGCAGGCCAUGCAAGCCGAAAACUUAGUUAUUGAUGUAUGGAAUGCCGAUAAUGAUUUGCCAGGCAACAUUGAUGGAUCUAUGAUGAAUGGGCCACAUGCAGUUGUUGUGCAGCAGUUAUAG